GGCCGCCCAUUUUUCAUACACCAUAUUUACAGUCGGGGUAGAAAAAAAAGCCCAGUUUACCAGGAGGCUACUUAUACGGCGCCGGGUUAGGCAUAUGUUUCACCUGCUUGGCCAAUUAGCUUCUUCUGCCCGCAAGACUAGUUCAACAGGUUUCCUUUUUCUCUUCCUCCGCCUCCUGGGUUGGAGAAAGAGGUUGUCACUUCGCUUCGACCCUCCCCUUCCCUCCCUCCCAGCUCUGCCCCGCCAGCUCGGACCAAUCGCGCCGGCUCGAACGUGUCCAGGUUGGCGGCCCCCGGCAGGGCCGGCCCGGAUGCGCCGAGCGGCCCAGGGCGCAAGGGAGGGCGCGGCGGGUUCGCUGGGCCUGCGCCCCGGACGGUGGGAGUCGGGGAAGCGGGAGGAGGAGACUGUCUGAAGGUGCCCUCCAGACGCGGCCCUGAUGACUGAACUACAGCAAGAUGUGGACGACACAAAGCCUGCCAAAGUGCUCGGGAAGAGAGAGAGCAAAAUUGGCUCAGCCCACUCAGAGGCUGAGAAUGGUGUGGAGGAGAAAAAGAAGGUCUGCAGGUCGCCAGCAGCCCUGUCCCCUGCUCUGUCCAGCGAGACCGAGUCCGCAGACCCGAAGAGAAUCAUUUCCCUGCGGUCGAAAUCCAGUUUUGAUGGUGCCUCUUUAGCAAGUGAGAAGAAUGACUGUAAAACAGAAAGCAAGAAUGACUCUAAGAUUGAAAGGAAAAAGGCCUCAUCUUCCAGCCAGGACAAGGCAAACAUGCACUUCCACAAGCUGUUUCUGGAUGUCCCCACUGAGGAACCUCUGAGGCAAAGUUUUACCUGUGCUCUACAGAAAGAAAUAUUAUACCAGGGGAAGCUCUUUGUAUCAGAAAACUGGAUUUGUUUUCAUUCCAAGGUCUUUGGAAAAGACACUAAGAUCUCUAUUCCGGCUUUCUCGGUAACCCUGAUAAAGAAAACCAAAACUGCCCUUCUGGUGCCAAAUGCCCUGAUUAUAGCGACAGUCACAGACAGGUACAUAUUUGUCUCCUUACUCUCCAGAGAUUCAACUUACAAACUACUGAAGUCUGUGUGUGGACACUUAGAAAAUACAAGUACCGGCAACAGUCCCAAUCCAUCUUCUCUUGAAAACAGUUUCCAGGCAGAUCGCCCUUCAUCUCUGCCUCUGGAUUUCAACGACGAAUUCUCAGAUCUGGAUGGAGUGGUACGGCAAAGAAGGCAGGACAUGGAAGGAUACAGCAGUUCUGGAUCCCAGACUCCUGAAUCUGAGAACUCUCGAGAUUUCCAUGUGACAGAAUCCCAGACAGUUCUGAAUGUCUCCAAGGGAGAAGCAAAACCAACUCGGGCAGAUGCCCUUGUGAACAGAGUGCCUGACGGAAAAGCCAAGAGUCUCCCUGGGCAUGGUCAGUCAGAAACCAUUGGAAUCAUACCCAGAGUAAAGUCUCAGAAAUGUCCGACUCUCCACCAUAUUCUUAUAUUCUAUGCAAUUGUUGUCUGUGCACUAAUCAUCUCGACCUUCUACAUGAGAUACAGAAUUAAUUCUCUGGAGGAGCGGCUGGGGUCACUAACCUCCAUUGUGGACACCCAUCAGACUGAACAGACAGCACCAUCCAGCCCGGGGUCACACGUACAGUUAAAUGUGGAGGUCCUGUGCCGAGAGCUUACAGCCAACAUAAUGAGACUAGAAAAGAUACAAAACAACUUACAAAAGCUACUUGAGAAUGGUGACUGACCAGCCAGAAGCUUGGACCAAUGCAAAAACCUCGCACUUCCCUUGAAGUAGGUGCUCCCCAGGCAUUCUGGUGGAGUGCUCCCUGCUGGCCAGAGGAGCAAGCAGAUGGGCAGCCCCAGCCGUGCUUGCCCUUGGAGGUCUCCAGCUCAGGAAAUGGGGGAAGGGGAAUAAUUUUGGUUCCUGUGCAAUAAAAUUUGACCUUGACUCUCUGAGGAAGUUUUCAGGGCUGCUGCCUGAAAAAAACAGACCCAUCUCUGGAGGUCUCAGGAAGGGCCUGGCAGACUUGGACGACUGUGGUUCAGUGGGUUAUUGUGACUGUGUCAGCGGUACUGACAUACUCCUCCACUCCAUGCCUUUUCAGUCCUACCCACCUGCCUCUUCUCUCCUGUACACCCCUCUUAACCAACCUUCAAACUAAGGGAUAUAUCGUGUGCCAACAAACUCGAUAGGAUCCUUUAAAGAAUUUGCCAUGACUCUCCCAAAAGACAAAAAGAAACAAAAAAGCCCUAAUGGACAGACUUGCUUCAAACAAAUAACAUUUUAGUUUUUGGUUUUCUCCCUUCUGCUGUUAUGUUCUGGUUUAAGUCACCUGUAUAUCAUCUUAACUUCUGAGUUGAGUAUUGGCAAGAGUAUUGGACAAAGUGGAUUAAACUAUCUCAUUUUAUGUUUUGUUCCUCUAAUAACUAAUAGAACUGAUUCUCACCCAUCCCAGGUCAAGAAUUUGUGAGACAUGAGACUAAAGUACUAAAUUAACUUAUGUCGAAACCAAAACUAAUCUUUAAACCAAAAAGUAUGAUAGUGAUUUGAUGCAGGAUGAAAAACACUGCAUUUUUAAGAUUGUAGGUGGACUGUGUGUGUUUUGAAAUAGGAUGUCUGUAAUUAAUGCUGAAACCCAUCUCAGCAUGAUGAUAGCAUGCUUUUCUCUUGCUGACUAAAAUAUUUAACUAGUGGUUUUGCUAACUUCUAUUUACCAUAUGGGUUGGCUGGUUUUUAUUCAUAAUUAUUUAGGUACCCUAAUAUCUGUAAUAUAAAAGAUAUUCUGUUUAUCUAUGAUGCAUUUUAUAAUCAUUUCUAUGAAAUGUAUUUUGUUUAAUCAGAUAAGCUAAUAAGUGAAUUGGUUACAUCAUUUGUAUUUGUUGGCCUACUGGACAAGAAUUGUGCCUGGUGCACCCCUAGCUUUUAAUAAAUACUCAUUGGUUAAAAUGCCCUGCCAA